GCCAAUCACUCACAACAUCUCACUCGCCCAGGAUCCCUAAUGGACCAUCGCCAGGUCGCCAGGUCCGCCCAAAAGCGAUCGAAAGAUGACUACAUAUACCGAAUACCUACCCCUGACUGUUUUUGUCCAGCAUGUAGCGACAUCACGCUUAACAGCUUGAGGUCAGGUAGACCGCCCCAGCUACAGAUCAGGGAAGCAAACACAGUGCAUCAGGUAAACGAUUUGACAACACUAGUAUCACUCGAGGAAGCUAGCUGGCUCAGAUUCAGUCACUCGGGAGAUCCAGUUUUAUACGAUGCUCACCUCCACCAAAGAGAGAGGGGAAAGGCGAUGGCAGGCCAAACGACCCCCGAUGGCACUCUUUUCCUCCUAGAAAGUCGAUGGAUGAGCGGCAACCGGUACGUUUGCUGUUCAAUUAAAGUCAAUCAAAAGACCCGGCGCGUUGUCCGGACAUGUGAGAAAAACUGCAUACCGCGGUAAUCCGGAUGAAACUUAUCAAACUAAUGCCAGUCACGAAUGUCUGAUUGUGACCUUGAAGAUUUCCAACACUACGAAAUGGUUUGGCGAGUGAGAGCUCAUGAGGUAUCUCCACGGUCAAAGAUACACUGCACAGGCACACUGGGGAAAUACACCAAUACCACUCAAUCAGAUUGAUCGACACGAGACCGCUUUUCAACCAAUCCUAUUAAUUUCGGAGGCCACGAUCCAAUGUCACCGGUUGAAGUCAUAAGAUGUGCAGAAAAGGAUAAAAUGGCCUGCGCGAGUUACAGGCUGCAUGAGUCUGAAAGGGCAGAGAAAGAGAACUGCAUGUUGAUCAUCCACCGUCUCAAUUGCUCAGAGUGGGUGGAUCUGGGAUGGGCCCAGUACCGCACAACCUACCCUCCAAUAUACCCGGGAAAGCCACCGUCCAGCCAGGCCAAUCGAAACCCCUCCUCCCUAAAGAGUGAAUCCCGAACGCUCAAGACGCGCCCACGUUCCGACCGGGACCGCAGUAUUUCGGUAUACAGGCCGCUAGGCGUCGCGAAAUCUAGCUUGACCUUUGCCAAGAAAAUGGCGGGAAAAGGGUGA